GCCAUACAGUAGAGGAAGACAGAAAGACUUCCGCGUACAGACGUUUAAUGUAUUUUCAGGUGAAAUAUGCCCCGUUACUGUGCUGUAAAACUUUGCAAAAAUCGUGGAGGAACACCCUCUAAAGAAAACAAGAGAAUAAGCUUUUACCCGUUCCCUUUGCAAGAUGAGGUCAGGCUGCAGAUAUGGGUAGACAACAUGAAGCGAGAGGAGUGGACCCCAGCAGACACCAGUACCUGUGUAGUGAACAUUUCACUGAGGACUGCUUUGACCUGCGAUGGGGGAUCCGGUACCUGAAACACACGGCCUUCCCUACCAUCUUCCCUCACACACACGAUGAUGCAGAUAAAACCGUUUCCACCAGUAAGAACACCACCAAGCCCAAAACCAGGAUAUGCGACGCCAACAUUGAACUCAUCCGCUCCCCCUCCCCUCCUGGCAAGAAUACACCUCUGAUUCUGAAAAGGACAGUCAGAGUGGAACCAGUCGUGGUGAGUGUCACUCCUGUCCUUAACCCUGAGGAUGCCAGUGAAUCUACGGUCACUACACUGUUAUAUGAAAGAACGCUUGUUUCAGACACAGAGGCCUCUACUCCUAGUGAAAUGGUCCUGGGGGAGGUGAUGCUCUCAGAGACCCAGGCUGCAGUGUGUGAGGUGAACAGAGAACUAUCUGGAGACAGUGGUGGGAUACUGACAGCCUCAUGCUUGAACCUGUCUGGUGAGACACAGACACUGCAGCAGCUGGAUACACUGGACUCCACUGUGACUGUGCUCUGCUGUGAAUCCCUCGUCCCUGUCGGCCAUUUGUCUGAAUGUGAAGCCACGGUGGACGCCCUCGGUCAGACAUUUAGGAUCUUCCCUCUGGAGCUGCGGAGGGAGGAGUGGGUGGAGGAGGGGGGACACAUCUCUGUGUACGAGCACUCCUACUCCAAACAGGACACGGACCAGGAACAGCUGUGGAGGAAGACAGCCAGCCUCCACACCAAGAUCAUGGAGCUGGAUAGGAGAGAGGAAAGCACCGUGGCUAAAAUACGAUCGCUUGAGAUCGAGAUGGCACAUCUGAAGAAGAUCAACAUUGUUUUAAAAGACAAGCAGAAAUUACUGGAGGACUAUAUUACUUCUGCGUUGCUCUGAUGUCUUAACCGUAGUGCUUUGUUUCCAUUAACAACAGUCUUUCUAAUGAGAUGUAUUUUGUAUAGUUAUUACAGUCUCAAUCACUUGUACUUAUUUCUUAUCUGUUUACAUGUUUCACCAGAGUUAUAUUACUUACUAGUAGUGAGGCCCUUCUCAAAGAGCGUUGACAAGGCUAGAAUCUGUUCUCCAGCUCGUUCUAGUCCUUCCGUUUGUCUCCACUAGGUGGCACUGUGUCUUUAGGACAGGCCCUGGCACGAUGCACUACUGUUUCAUGUUUCGACAUCACUGACUGACAUAUUGUCAAUAUUAGUCGUGUAAUUUGGAGCGUUUUAAGGGAAGUGAUAUUCCCUAUUCUUGUGCUACAGAUGGCUGCUUGUUUUAUUCAAUGGUAUAGUAUUCAGAUAUCAUAUCAAAUCUACUGUGCUACAGUUGGCUGCUUGUUUUAUUCAAUGGUAUAGUAUUUGUAUCUCAUAUCAAAUCUACUGUGCUACAGUUGGCUGCUUGUUUUAUUGAAUGGUAUAGUAUUCAGAUAUCAUA